AUGUUUGCCUACAACACCUCUCCCGUUUACUUUUUCGACGCCAUGUCGAACUUGCAACAAUUGCAACUCCAACAAUACAGAGAGCAGUUGGCAGCACAACGCCCCAAAAUCAUCAAGAAGGUUGAAUCCGAAGAGGGUUUCCAAAUUCAGAUCCACAAAGCCAGCGGCAAUUUCCAGUCGUAUGAGGUGAAGGUGGUUAGAGCCUAUGGCAAUGCCAAGUUAGUCAACAUCAUCAUUGAGUCCAAGGCUGACGAUUUCUCCAAGGUUUUCCAAUUCAGUUUGGACGACAUUGAAGUUUCCGAAAUCGACUGGGAAUACUUUGAGCGCGAGAACGUUUUGGUGUUGAACAUCCCCAAGAAGGUCAAGUUCUGCGCUGACGACUUUGCCAAUUCCGUUCUUUGCAGCUUGCUCGGUGUUCCAGCCAGAUGCGCCGUAGCUGGUGCUUCUCCUAAGUGUCAAGACGAGAACAAGAAAUUGCUCAAGGCACAGAGAAAGGAGCAAAAGAAGCAAGAAAAGCGCUCCAAGAGGGCUGAAAUCGAAGCCCAACGCGAGGCACAACGUGAUGCCGAGCGCUUGAACGCUAUGAGAGUGGCUGAAGAAGCCAGACGUGCACAAGAAUUCAGAGAAGCCGAGCUUCAGAGAAUCCAGAAGGCUAGACAGGAGGAAAUGAGAAGAGCAGAAGAAGCUAGAGUCGCUGAACUCAAGAGAAGAGAAGAGGCUAGAGCUGCUGAGCUUAGAAGGGCUGAACAAGCUAGAAAAGAGGCCGCUAGAAAGCAACUAGAAGCAGCCAAGAAAGCUGAAGAACAAAGAAAGAAAGAAGAAGCUAGAGCACUCGAAGCUCAAAGACAAAAGGAGGAGGAACUCCAAAAAGAGGAAGAGCAUGCUAAGAUGAUUAGACAACAGCAAGAGUUCUUGGCUCAAUUGUUUGGUAGCUCUGUAUUCCCUGCUGGCUCCACUUCCGCUCCAUUUGUGAAAGUUUCUGUCCCUCAAGCCUCCGCUAACGAUAAGCCAUCUCCAUCUACAGCACAACAAUCAUCUAAUGAGGACGUGGUUAUGAAUGAUGACGAAGAAUCUGACGACGAUGUGUCUACUGACUCCGAAUCCAUCAGAUCCGAUACCGACACGCCUCCCACUCCAUCCAAAGACACAUUGCACAAGCAGCCAUCGUUGGAGGAGGUUGAAGAUGAGGAAUUUGUAAUGUUCCGCAAGAAAUUUGGCAACUAG